AUGGCAGUGGACGUUGCAGAAUUUCAAUGGAGAAAGUUCUUGAGCUCGCUUCGAGACGCCGAGUCGGAAUUAUCAGGUUCAGUUUCCAUCAUGUACUUCACAACAAUAAAAAAUCUCAUCUCUUCCUUCAGGUCGAUCAAAAAUGGGGCCAGAGAGAUAGAUAUAAUGCCCCGCCCUCCUUACGACAACUCUGAAAUCAUCGAUUUUCUCUACAAACUCAACGACGCGUUGGCCGAGUGCCGAAUCUUCGCAAGGGAAUGCAAGGAGCUCAACAAGAAGCUCUUACUCUUCAACCCUUUUGGAUUUUACUUCAUCCAGAAGAUGAAUAAUCGACUGGAUGGAUUGAGGAAGGAGCUGGAGAGUUUGGGGGGCGCCCAGCGGCUGGACAAUGACGUCGGAGAUUGUUGGGCUGAGGAGGUGGAACUGCCACCUUGUCCAGUUGUUGAUGGGUUUGAUGAGCAGGUUGUUUAUGGGUUUGAUGAGCAGGCAGAGAAAGUUGAGGACUUGCUGUGUGGGGAGGGCUCUACCGGAAAUGGGUUUAGGACAAUUGGGGUGGUGGGGAUUGCUGGUGUGGGUAAGACCACCCUGGUGCACAAGGUUUUGAAAAUGGAGAGAGUUAAGGGUAAGUUUAAUCCUAUAAUUUGGUUACCCUUUUCGGGUAUGAGGAAAGAGGAAGAACAGUAUAGUAGGUUUAGCUUUGAGACGUGCAUUGUCGAUAAUUUGGGCCAAACUCUGGAUGGGAGGAUAGUUGGCCUUGGUAAGCUCUUGGAAAGGCUUAACCAACUGUUUUCUGGUAAGAGGUAUCUGAUUGUGUUGGAUGAUGUGCAGCAGCGCCACAUUAGCAUUGAGGAUCGCUUAUGGCGCGGAUUGCCUAAGGGUAGUGGUGGUGCGGUCAUUGUCACUAGUAGGUUAACAGAAGUGGCUCGAAAGGUGGUGGAAGAAAGGGACUUGAUUUAUGUUGAGCCUUUGGACAAAGAAAUUUGCUGGAGCAUAUUUGAGGAGACUAUGAAGAAUAACAAAGAAGUUUUAAACAUUUCAUGUCACACAACUUUGCGUAAGAUUGAGAAUGAAAUUAAGGAUCAAUGUCAUGGCCUUCCAUUGGCUGCUAAGGCGCUUGCAGGAAUCAUUCCAGAGCAGAUUCGUGAGAUUGAGUCCAAACGUUUCUUGAAGGAGAUGUAUAUACCUGAUGAAUUGCUUAAACAUGAUUUGGUUGGUGAACCUUCUGUCGAUAGACCAAGCUGCCCAGUUUUAGUGUUUGUUGAUAUAAAAGAUGAAAAGCUUGGAGUACAACUCUAUAACGAAUUUUGCUACCGUCUUAAUAAAAAGCAGGUCUUUGGUGUGCUGGAAGAGGACUCUGAUUCUAAGGGACCAAUAAAGGUAGAGGAUCCUGAGGGCGUGCUAAAGGAGGUUUAUGGUGCUCUACAUAAGAGUAAAAAAUAUGAGUUUGCUGAUGAUAUUCAAAAGAGGAUGAGAAUUAUAAUUGUUGGUGGGGGUGAUGUGGUUAACCGGAUUCUUGGAGUUAUUUGUGAUCUGAAAUUACCAGAGUCGCCCUCCAUUGUGCCAAUAUCACAUGGGACUGAAAAUAACAUCCCACUUUCGUUUGGAUGGAAGGUGCCUAAAGUUGAUCGUCAAUCAGUGAAAUCAUUCCUGUAUCAAGUAAAAGAGGCACAACAGAUAAAAACUGACAGCUGGCAUAUUCUCAUUAAGAUGAGAACUACUCAAAGUCCUACAGAUCGUAAAGAAAUACCACACUCUUUUCAUGUAUUUCGUCCUGUUCGCAAAGGGGCUACAGAAACUGAGGUUCACAAAGGGGAUACAGAAACUGAGGUUCACAAAGGGGCUACUGAAACUGAGGUUCACAAAGGGGCAAGAGAAACUGAGGUUCACAAAGGGGAUACAGAAACUGAGAUUCACGAAGGGGAUACAGAAACAGAGGUUCACAAGGGGGCAACAGAAAUUGAGGUUCACAAAGGGGCUACAGAAACUGACGUUCACAAAGGGGCUACAGAAACUAAGGUUCACAAAGGGGCUACAGAAACUGAGGAUAAUCUCGAAUUAUCAGGAGGAUUCUGGAGCUAUUUCAGCUUGGGAGUUGAUGCUCCAAGAUCAUGCGGAGGUUACUGGUCUACUGCAAGGUCCCUAAAAUCACUUGUAAACGUAGAGGUUAUGAAGCAUGGUCGUUUGGAACCACUUAAAAUUCCUAGCGGAAUCAAGUCAAUUGUUUGUCUUAACUUGCCAAGCGAUCUUGGGGGAUCAACCAAUAUGAACAAAGAUCGAAAAAACAUGAACCCGUCGGUCAUAAAUGAUGGACAGCUUGAAAUUGUCGGUUUGAAAGAAGUUUUACUGGCUCAGAAUGAACGUAUUUAUCUUGAUCAGGUACAAGAAAUUCGUUUUGAGUUUAAGGGUGCUGCAGAAUCUGUAAAGAUGAGGAUUGAUGGAUCACCAUUGAAACAAAUACCACCUGGGAUGAUAGAUAUUAAAAUCUCUAGACACUCUCAAGUCAACAUUCUUGGCAACGGAGACUGCGCGGCAAAAAGAGGUACCUCUGACUCAUUGGAACCCCGUGCUUCUGGAACCGAUGAUAAUAGCAAUGCGAAAGAUAAGUCAACUGAGGAAAGUAGCAAUGCGAAAGAUAAGUCAACUGAGGCAAGUAGCAAUGCGAAAGAUAAGUCAACUGAGGCAAGUAGCAAUGCUCAAGAUGGCUAUAAAGAACGUAAGAAGUUUGGUUCAGCAGACACUUUCAAAUACUCUGAAACCGAGGAUUAUAGCAAUGCGAAAGAUAAGUCAACUGAGGAAAGUAGCAAUGCUCAGGAUAGCUCUAAAGCACAUAAGAAGUUUGGUUCCGCAGGCACUUCCUAAAUGCCGUAAUCCUACAGCCAUCACUCUCUGUAUUUUACUUGCCCAACCCCCUGAAAUUACAUUGUCCUCUUACACAUUUCACCAUAUUAUAUCAAACAACUUUGCUGCAUGAAUUUCAUCUAAUUCGUCAUUGUAAAUAGUUUGGAUAUUGCCAUAACUCAUGAACUUGUAUCGAAUUUCAAGUGGAGAACAAAAGCAAUGUGUAGCAAGAGGACUUUCUUCUA